CAUACGAGCUGGGGCUCCUUGCCCCGACCACGUAUACUCACCAUACUCAAUACCAUUCGUCGCUGACCUGACACCAGCUUAUAACACAAUUUCAAUAUUAGACCGCGCUCGCGAACUCAAAUAGCCCCUCCGAUUCUCUCAACUCCCGCCUCUACAACUCCCACCGCCAGCCCACCACACCAUCUUCUAAUAACGCGCAACGCCACCUUGCGAGAUGCCGCCACACUCAGUCCCACCCGGUAUCCCCGGCUCGAAGAUGCCGCGUGACGUGGAGCGAGAUCUUCGCGGUGCGGUAGCCGGCCUGCUUGAGCGCGACACCGACCACUUCCCUGGCGCACAACCAAUCAGUUUCGCGCGAGAACACAUCCAUGAGCUGCAGCGGUCAGAAUACUUCAUGUGUGAGAAGACGGAUGGAAUACGCUGCUUGCUCUACUUGACCUAUAGCCAUAAUGAGGACGGUUCCUUUAGGCCUGAUCACUUCCUCAUCGACCGCAAGAACAAUUUCUACCUUGUCCCGCCCGGUCUCCAUUUCCCACACAUCAGCAACCCUCAUGAUGAGAACAUUUUUACAUUCGGCACGCUUCUCGACGGCGAAUUGGUGCACGACUUUCUCCCAAACAACCCGAGGCCGCGCCUCAUAUUCUAUAUCUUCGACUGCCUUGCCGUCGGCGACGAGAAUGUCACAAAAAAGCCGCUAGACAAGCGGCUGGGGAAGCUGCAUGAAAACAUUUUCAAACCGCUCAACAUAUGGCGGCAGCAAAACCCAAAAAUGCAGGAGCGUGAGCCCUUCCGAGUCAAGCUGAAGGAAGUCCACUCGCCUUACCACAUCAGCGACAUGUUUAGACACGUUCUCCCGAGCCUGCCGCAUGGCAACGACGGCCUGAUUUUCACUUGCAAGAGCACACCCUACAAAUUCGGAACCGAUAAACACAUUCUGAAGUGGAAGCCGCCGCAGGAGAACACAAUUGACUUCAAACUCCGGCUAGGCGAGUUUCCGACGUUCGAUCCCCAGGAUGGAGAGGAAGGGGAGAUCCCGGAUUUCGACGCCAUGCCCGAUCGCUUUAUAUUGUUGGUACAGCAUAACAACAACCAGUACAAGCCCUUCCAGCACGAUCUUUACAUCGAAGAAGCGGACUGGGAGAUACUCAAAGCCUUGGGACAGCCGUUGGAUGGGCGGAUAAUCGAGUGCUACAGAGAUCCGUCAGGACGGUGGCGGUACAAACGCGAAGAUGAUGGAACACCACGCUGGCGUGACGACAAGAAGGACGCAAACCACAUCAGCACUGUAAACGGCGUCCUCGAGUCUAUUGAAGAUCCUGUCACCGAGGAAGACCUUAUAGCCGCCGAGGGUAGAAUCAAGGAGGCUGUCCACGCACUACGAGCCCGCGACCGAAGGAGAAGAGAGGUGGAGGUGAGGGGGGAUGCCGAGCAGGAGGCGAAGAAGCGAAAAUUGUCUAAUGGGAUCGAUUGA